AGACCAAAAGUUUGCUUAAUAAAUAUCCAAAUUCCAAGUUAUGGGAGAUAAAAUGACGGACGUUUCUCAAUCACCGGAAAAGCGUGAAGAGGGGGCUUUUUCAGACUUAUACAUGUUCUUACUUUCCCGACACGUGCACAGAUACCCGGAAGAUGGAACCCAUAAGUCAUGGGUGCUUCCGCGGAUACUAGUGCUAUUCGCCAGUGGCGAUAUUGACCGAGUUAUAAAGCUGAUAACAGCCGAUUUGGAGCACCCGAUUGGGAGUGGAAUGAUCGUAACUGUUUUGGUAGAGGAGUCCAUAAGGGAAGAAGUGAUCAAGAAAAUCCGCGCCAACUUUAAGCCGAUGAAUGAGCGCAUUCAAAAUCAUCCAAACUAUCUAAAGUCGAUAAAACUUAUCGACCGAAUGAACUGCUCGACAAUACAUAUCGAGGAAUUCGAGGAAACUGAUAUAAAAAAACGAUAUGGACGGAGGAUGAAAGGAUCCCCUAUCAUAGUCUUGGACUUCCCUCAGUACUAUUUCGGCGACAAACCUUCGGCUGUUAUUACCUUGAGUACUUUCCGGACACUCAAUGAAGUGGUAAAACUAUACAAAAGGGAAGGCCUAAACUUCGAUUCCGUUUCCGUUUGGUCAUCGAAACUGGCUCAGUGCUUCGAUUUGCUGACCAGACUUCCGCAAGCUGAAAAAUGGUUCUUCAACUGCGUAAAUGAAAACGUGAAGAUGCCUAAAACUCAAGUCACUACAUCAGUUAUUGUCGAGGGGGGCUUUCACUAUGAGAUACAUGUCAUUCGGGACAAGACCAAGACUGUAGUGUUCCCAAUCACAGAAGAUGUCGGCUAUACGUUGCUAUAAAUAUAAGUAAUUUAUUGCUAAAAUAAUUAUUUAAAGGCAUUGUUUACCCAUUUA